AUGCCGACGCCCCGUCGAAGCUUGGGCCAAGUGUCGAAACCCUCUCCGAGUCGCCCUCGCGAUAGCCCUUCCUCGUCACAUCCGCAUCACCACCAGACGGCGGAUGAGCUUGCCCUGCAGGAGGCCGAGGAGAUUCUCGAAUCCGAUGACGAGGAUCCCAACAGCCCCCGGGCAUUGAGGUACGCUGAGCUCACACGCAAACGUGAACACACUGCGGAGCCGGAAGCAGCAACACUGUCUGACGGCGUUGAGGGUGCUUCUCAGUCGGAUGACGACGAGAGUUCCGAGGCAGGGUCGGAUGUGGACGGCGGGGAGGACUCUGCGUCGGACGACAGUUCUGCCUCAUCUUCGGAUUCUGACAGCGACUCGGCUUCGGACUCUGAAGACUCCAGUGUUACAUCGGACAGUCACGACGAUGACGAGGACGAGCUUGAGCGUUGUCUCGCGGCCGCCCGCAAAGCUGCCGCCGCUAAGGAGGUCAAGGCCAGCAGCAAGGGUCCGAAUCCGGUUGCUGAAGAUGAUGGCGAGCUCCGUUUCGAAGAGGAAGUCAAGGAAGCCCCCAUUCCCGAUCUCGACAUUCCCACCCUGCCCGCACCGGUUCUCACUCUCAACCAGGACGGCACAGCCUCGACUUCACGACCAACCAGCACUCGUAAGGGCAAGGCUCUCGAGCUUGAUUCCCGAGAGUACGAGCGCCCUCUGAGCAAACGCGAGAAAGCGGCGCAGCCAAAGAAGGCUUCCGUUUCUGAACAGUGGGCUACCAUUCCUGCACCCCGUGCGGAUGACUUGCCUAAGAUGAAGCGUGAUUACCAGGCGCUGUCGCUUGCGAACUCGCUUGAUCCGAAGAGAUUCAUGAAGGGUCAAGGCAAACUGGGUAGGGUGCCUGAAAGAUUCAACAUCGGAACCAUGAUCGAGGCUCCCCGUCACUUGCAAGACACGACUGUCCGCAAGGAGCGCACCUACAGGGCUGGUCAAAUCGUUUCCAGCGUGGUCAACGACAUGGAGGUCGAGACCUACGCCAAGCGCAAGUACGAGGAGCUCCAGAGCAAGCGCAUGUACAACGGGCGCGGCAAGGGUUGGCAGAAGCGCGCCAAGUGGUAG